GGUCACUCUGCAAUUGGAGGGGGAGCUGCUACGCUGCCACCAAGGCUUAGAGCCUAUCACGAUGCCGCACCCGCGCUUCCCCAAGAUCGAUGUCCAAGAGCUGCGUGAUGACUUCAUCCGCUUUGAGCUGUCGGAGACUGACGCUAGUGUGGCGAACGCCAUCCGCCGUGUCAUGAUCUCCGAAGUGCCGACGCUGGCCAUUGACCUGGUGAGUAUCGAGAUCAACACGUCGGUCAUGACGGAUGAGUUCCUGGCGCAUCGUCUGGGUAUGAUUCCGCUCAACUUCGACGGCGGCCUCGAGAACUUCCGCCAGCGCUUCGUUUACUCACAGGACUGCGACUGCGAUGAGAAUUGCCCCAACUGCUCAGUCGAGUUCACACUGGACGUGAUAGCCGACAGCGGCGUGUUGUCCGUCACGAGCGAGGCGCUCAAGUCCUCAGACCCGUACAUUCGCCCUGUCAAUUUCUCGUCCGAGGAAGAGCUCAACAACACACAGGACACUGGCGUUAUCAUAGCUAAGCUUGGCCCCGGACAGAGACUACGCCUUUCGGCCAUCGCCAAGCUCGGCAUUGGCAAGGAGCACGCCAAGUGGUCUCCCGUGGCAGUCGCCACGUACAUGUACGACCCCAUUAUUACGCUCAAUCAAGCCGUGCUCAGCACGUACUCGCCUGAGCAGAAGGCCGAGCUUUACAAGAGCUGCCCCACGGAAGUGUAUGAGACGGAUGAGAAUUACGAGCAGGUGAGGAUGAAGAACUGGAUGCUAGAGGAGAGAGGUGAUUGUUGAUAUUGUUGAGUUUUGCUGCAGUUCACGGUAGGAGACGCGAUGCGAUGCAUGUACUGCGACGAGUGCGUCAAGCUGGCAGACUCGUUUAAGGACAACCCGGAAGACGACUCGGCUGUGACGAUCCGAAUGCGGGAAGACAAAUUCAUUUUCUCCGUUGAGACAACGGGUCAGCUGAAGCCCGAGGAAGUGGUGAUCUGCGCAUUGGAUCUGAUUCGCGAGAAGUUGUCAUCACUAAAGCACCAGUGCUUGGAACUGAGCCAGGAUGACCAGGGCUCGUCAGCACCGAUCACGCCGUUUGGAUAAAGAGGAAUAAUCGCAACAGGGUGUGUAUCUAACCAACGUUGAAGUUGCUGAAGCUGAUCGACAGGAGUGCUACACGUUGCCAGCUAUCCAGCACAGACAGCACGAGAUUCCAGGUUUGGUCACGCCCAGCUAGUGCAGCUUCCGCCGAUAGAUUUAAGCUGCUGAUUGCGUUUUUACCUUUUUUUUAUUCAUACAACUGAUAUUCCAAUGCACUUGUGUACUUCUACAUCCUCA